AUGCUGGCUACGACCACCGUGGUUGCGAUUGCCGUCGGCUGUGCGGCGGUCUUCAUGAUAUCUACCGCAGUGGGCACUGUGGUCUGGUUGAGAGUUCGCCAUGACAGGCUCGCCCGCGAGAUACGAUAUGCCGGACAAGGACCCUACGCUCGCAGUAUCCGAGGGUUUCAGGCUGAUACGGUCACUUCCUUAUCACGGGAGGAAGGCUCGGCCCUGCGACAGUAUGGACAGCUGCCAUUUGGGAGACCAACGGAAUGGGGCUUGCUUGCGUCGAGAGAAAGCCUGUCUGGACCAGGCAAGACUGGGUCGGAUACGGUAUCAAUGAUUGAAAGAGCACGCUCUUUACGCAAGUCCCUGUCCCUGUCAAAAUCCAGCCAACGACCAAAGGCCCUCCCAAAGAUCCCUCGCAUCAACUCCCUGGCCACUUUGGAGGAGAAUAUCCGCGACACAUUGACCAGAAUCUCGACUGAAAGAGAAGAGAUCCCGCUGUCGGCUAUUGAGGGCGUGAUGGAGCUACCGGCAGAGACGACUCCCAGACAAACACCGGAGAUGGAAGAGGACCGUUUCUGUCGCGAUGCAUGCUGUCGACCUAUAUCGCAGGCGUGGCCAGUGUCUCACAAAAACCCUCUGAGCUUGAAUCCGGUCACGAAGAGUGUCCCCAACGUAUUCGAUAAUUCACCAGCACGGAUCCGAGCCGGGAGUAUCACGACUCAGACGGCUGGAAUCGUGCCAGACCGUCCAAUACCGCCGCCGCCUCCUGCAGUGACGUUGCCUAACCGAUUCCUAUCGAAGAAUGAUUCGAUAAUGCACUUGUCGUCGAUGAGUCUAGACACCGCAGAUGCAGACAGCUCGAUUUUGGAUGAUAACUUCAGGGUUUCGCUAUCGGAAAUCGCCGAGUUCACUUCGCCCCAUCUGCCGCCCUGUCCGACUUUCAUCCCUUUCAGUGCCUACGAUGUCGGGCUGCAUGAUCGCGGCCGUAAAAGCUAUACAUCAUCCACGGGCCCUACCUUCCCGGGGUACUCCAGUUCCGAUACGCGUCGGAUGGAAAGUGAGAAUACCUCUCCUCGCCGCAGUCUGACUGCUCGUCAUCCAGGAUACAGCACCGAGAGGGCCACUGCACCACCGCGACGCAGUGAGUCUUUAAGUUCAAGUCCAAGCAAGCGACAUAACUCGUCGAUAUGGGGUCCUCAAGGAAUGGAACCCCCGCCGUAUUCGAACCUUCCCGCUCACCAUCUGAACUUGGCCGAUCCGAACAUGUUGGUCUCAUCUCAAGGGCACAUGGCCCAGCGAUACUCGAUGUUCGAAAGCCAUCAUGAUCCCUUCCUCAACGGGGUCUCGCCGCGCACCCAAGGCGUAUCAGCGAGCAGGACACCAAGCUUUACUACUCCAGAAGGAUCUUUGCCGCGACCCUCCGACUUCUCAGGAAGAUCACCACUGUAUUCCGCGAUGAAGGGCAAUCCAGGCACACGCAAGGGACACCGCCGGCAAAACUGCGUGCGGAUUUCGAUCCAUCCGCCCGUCUCCUUUGGGCGGCCAGUCUUCUCUCCCAUGGCCGAAGAACCAGAGGAGGUGGAAGAGCUAGAAACCCAUCAUCACUCAGCAGUAUCAUCCAUCUCGGGGCCUGUCUCGGUGUCCAGCAUCUCUCCCAUCUCCCCACCAUCAAAACACAACAGCCAACACGACACGCACAGCCUGACCCAGUUCAAUGAAACCUCGCAAGCUCUGUGUCGAGACCCGCCGCGGAAACGAAAGCACGCUCGAACCGAUUCCACCGACUCUACCUUCGGCGCAGAGAACGAUAACACGGUUUUGCCCGCGCUUUGUACCUCCCUUCCCACCGCCACCAGUCACAGCCUGUCUCGCACUCCGUCACCGGAAAAGCCUGUUCCGUUCUGGGCCAUACCCAGCAGCAAACCGAGGGCCUCUGUGCAGUCGGACAACAAAUCCAGUGACGGCAGCCCGCGACGAUCGUUGAUCAAGGGCCCUCGCAGUCAGCCCGGCAAAUCCCCUAUUUCAGCAGCACGCAACAGUGUCCAUCGCACAUCCAUCCCGGUUCCGCUAGGGGAAACUUCAGUAUCAGUCACUUCCAGCCCCAACACCCCCAGUAGCAGAUUACCCCUCGCGACAGGCCCACACAGCAGGGACUUUCGACGAUCCGUUGAGACCUCUGGUCCAGCAGAUCAAGAGAUCAGCCCAGCCCGCUACUCGCGCUCCCGUAGCGUUCGCGAGAGCCACGGCGGCAGCAUGCAGCCUCGCAAUAACACCAACACAGUGACUAUCUGGGAAGACCCGGACUCGUUCGGAUCCCCCUCCCACCAGCAGCGGAUGUCACUUGAGUUCGGCGGGGGUAGGGCGGGAUUCAUCUCGCCUCAUAAAUCGGUCGAGAGCCGGAGACUGUCGCGCAUGCACAGUGAACGCGGCGCGCCGAGGCAGGGCCUCACCACGCCGCAGCGGCAGACUAUCGGACUUGGAUUGGGGGUGGGCACGCCGGCUAGUCUAUACGACCGGGAUGGGUUUCUCAAGGAGUAA